CUGGGGCACCUGCCAGGGGACUGAGGAGUCUGGGCUGGGACUGGAGGAGGUGGUAAUGCUUUCAGGAAGUGGGGGGUGAAUGUAUGGGUCAGUGGGAAGGGCAAGGGUUUGGGGGUGCAGUCCAUUCAGCCUCCUGUUUGGAGAAGAGGAAACAGCACUGGAGGCAUGGCUUGGGCAGGCAGAGCUAGCCAGAAAAGGAUUCUUGUUCCACUGUCCCCCCUGGGCUGGGCUGCAGCACACCCCGCCCCAGGCUGGCUCUGUUCCCCACAGCACCCCCUGUCCUGGGGCUUGGCCCCUAGGCCCUGGCUCAGGCAGGCAGCUGUCAGGGGCCAGAGCCCUGCCCUGACGGAUGAGUGCUGACGGCCCCUCUCCAUGUGCCCUCGGCCGCUGACACCCCAUCACACCGCUGCGGGGACCCCGGGAGACCUGCAGCCUCUGCGCGCACCCCCGCGGCAGCCUGCAGGCGACGGGGGGCGGGGACGGUGCCAGGCGCCCCGCAUUCGUCUGUACACCUGCGCCUCCACUCUCCUGGCUCCUCCGCGACGCUGGCUGCCCGUCCCUGGUGGUGCCACUGGUGUCACCGGCCACCGCUCCAUCCAGGAGUUCCCGGCGCCGCGGGGCGAGCUGGUCAGGUCCUGGGCGCGCCAGGCUGGUGGCCAUGGUGCCGCGGCCCGUCCACUAGCAGGCUGCCAUGUCCCGAGAGGUGGCGGGCUCAUGCCGCCUGGGCUCCGGGGCGCGGGCGCGGGCACGGAAGCCCAAGAAGCCCCACUACAUCCCGCGGCCCUGGGGGAAGCCCUACAAUUACAAGUGCUUCCAGUGCCCGUUCACCUGCCUGGAGAAGUCACACCUGUACAACCACAUGAAGUACAGCCUCUGCAAGGACUCCCUCUCGCUGCUGCUGGACUCCCCCGACUGGGCGUGCCGCCGGGCCCCUGCCACAGCCCGGCCCCUGGAGCCCGCCACAGACUGCCCCUCUGACCCCACAGAACCCGGCAGGCGACCCCGAGGGGCUCGGCCCCCAGAUGCUCCCGCCACGCCCGACCUCGUUGUCACUGACCUUCUCUCCCUGCACCGCUGUGUCGGGGGCCCCAAGCCAGAGGCUGAGAGAUCCCCAGGGACACCACCCCCUGCAGCCAAGGAUCCCCAGAAGGGUGUGGGCCUGGGAGGGCUCCUGGCCGAGUCAUGGAAGCCAGGGCUGGGCAGGGGCCCCAGGAGCAUGGCUGUGGUAGACUCAGCUGCAGUGGGCCCUGAGAGCAGCGUCCCCUGCUACCCUCCGCCCACCUCCAGCGAGCUCCCUGAGGCCCACAGCCUCCAGCUGUCCCUGCUGGGAGUCAACUACCCCCUUGGCCCCAGUCUCUUUUCCUACCUGGGGCCCUCCCUGGCCACGGCAGCCCAUAUGCCCUUCCUGGGCUCGGCCAGCCCCCUGCUUCCCCCAGCCUCUGCCUUCCCCGCCCUGCAGCCCCUAGAGCGCCCCACCCCUAUCCCCCGCCUAUACUACCCUCUGCUCCUGGAGCACAGCCUGGGGCUGCAGGCAGGCAAGGCCGCUGCCCCUGCCAAACCCCCUGCUCCUCCCAAGGGACCCCCUGGGACUCUGGCCCCCGGGCUGUUAAAAGUGCCAGUACCUGGGCUGGGUGGGCCCUGGCCCUGUGGUGCCCCCAGGGACCCAGGGCAGGAGGGAGGGCUGGAGCUGACUGCCCAGAGUGACCCCAAGAGGAAGCUGCCCCCGGGAAGCAGGCUGGAGCCCCCGAAGGCUCCCUCCAGCUUGGCCAACUUUGGUUCCCAGAGCAGCCUGCGGAAUGGCCCCUCCGUGAUUCUCUGGCCUGAGGACAAGGAGCCAGGCGACCCCGAGAUCCUGGGCCCUGUCUCCCCCCUGCCCCAGCAGCCACCGGGCCUGGUGCUGGGGGGCCCUGGGCAUGUGUGUGAGGACCUGACCCGGGCUCUCGGCGACUAUGCUAGGGUGGAGCAGCGCCUGGGGCAGUUGGCACCUGCCAGGGGCCUGGCCCCACGGCCUCUGCGGGAGCAACUGGGCAAGAUCCGCAGGGAGCUGCUCACCAUCCACCAGGCGCUAGAGCAGGCCGUGCGGCCCCCAGACGUGCCACUCGACCUCUCUGUGAAACGGACGCCCUCCAAGGUGCCUGAGGUGUCCUCAGGGUCCUGGGGGCAACCAGAGCUGGGUUCUGUAUUGGCCCAGGGAGCCCCUGAGCCACCCAGAAUGCUGGGCCCCACAGUGGCUGAGCCUUUCUCUGGCCAGACCACCAAGUGCGAGGCUGACUCCAGUGUCCCUCCCCCGGGGCUCCCCCUCCAAGCCCCAGAUGACCCUGUCAUUCCUGGCAGCAGCUGGGGCUCCCAUGGCAGGACUGGGUGCUCCUGGCCUCCCGAGGCUGCCUCUGGCCUGCAGAGCCCCCCAGGUGCCGAGGUCUGACCACAGCUGCCCCCUCUGUCCAUAACAGACAGAGGCCCUUCCCCAAUCCCAUGCACAGCACCUGGCCCCCUGCCUGCCUCAGCCCCAGGGGCUGACACCUGGAGCCUGCCCAGCAUGCCCGUGAACAGACCCCACCCACCA